AUGAAGAAGUCUGAUAGCUUCUAUGGUUAUUCUUUGAUUUUGGCUUUCUUUAUGUUAUUCCUUGCUGCAAGGUCUCAACUGAUUACAGAUUUUUAUAAGACCUCAUGUCCAAAUCUCAUGGCUAUUGUGAGGAGAGAGGUUCAAAAUGCUAUCAAGAUUGAAAUGCGAAUGGCUGCCUCUUUGCUUCGGCUUCACUUCCAUGAUUGCUUUGUGAAUGGUUGUGAUGCAUCAAUACUAUUGGAUGUAAGCGAUGGUGAGAAGUUUGCCGGUCCCAACUUAAAUUCAGUUAGAGGAUUCGAUGUUGUAGAUAAUAUCAAAACCUCCGUGGAGAGUGCAUGUCCUGAUGUUGUAUCAUGUGCUGAUAUAGUAGCCAUAGCUGCAAGAGAUUCAGUGCUCUUAAGUGGAGGACCCACAUGGAAGGUUCUGUUGGGCAGAAGAGAUGCGCUAGUGGCAAAUCAAUCGGGAGCAAAUACUGGGCUUCCUUCUCCAUUUGACAACCUGGGUAAUAUCACUCUUAAGUUUGCAAAUGUAGGCCUCAAUCUCAAAGAUGUGGUGUCCUUAUCAGGAGGUCAUACAAUUGGGCUAUCUAGGUGUCUUCUCUUCAGCAAUAGGUUGUUCAACUUCACCGGAACAGGCACUCCAGACAGUACUUUGGAUACAAUUAUGUUGUCCGAUUUGCAAAAGAUAUGCCCAGUGAAUGGUGAUGCAAACAAGACAACAUUCCUGGAUCGAAACUCAAAUGAUUUGUUUGACAACAACUACUUUCAGAACUUGCUCAAUGGAAAGGGUCUUCUUAGUUCUGACCAAAUUUUAUUCUCUAGUGAUGAGGCCAAAACGACAACCCAAAGUUUGGUCCAAAGUUACAGCACUAACUCUGAUCUUUUCUUUGCGGACUUUGCUAAUUCCAUGAUCAAGAUGGGGAGUAUAAGUCCACUUACUGGGUCUAGUGGACAGAUCAGAAAGAACUGUAGGGUUGUGAACUCAUAA